AUGACAACAACUAUAACGUCGACAUCGAACGAAUAUUUAUCUAAAUGGCCAUAUUGUCAAUGUCAAAUAUCGUCUAGCUGUUCUUCACUCGAACGCAAUAAAUCAAUAAAUAACGCCUUACUUGAUAUUUGGCAAGGAUUAAAUACGACAGAAUUACAAUUGUCUUCGUCAUCACCAACGGAUUCAAAAUAUUUUGAAGUACAUGUAACAAAAAAUCCUCGAGGUUGGAAAGCUUUUUCAAAUGCUGUUGCAACAUUUCUAACACCGACACAAAAAAAAGAAGAACGACAUCAAUGGGUACAAUUAGUAGGUCAUCGUGGAACAUUUAAAAAAGGAAUUCAUGAUGGUUAUAUAUUGAAAGAAUUAAGUGAACAUGAAGAAUAUUGUUGCGAAAUACUUCAAACUGAUUCUUUGAAAGAUUUCGUUCCAAAAUAUAAUGGAAUUGUUAAAGAUGCAGAAGGACGAUUAUUUAUUGAAAUGGAAGAUUUAUUAGCUUCAUUUAAUGACCCAUCUAUAAUGGAUUGUAAAAUUGGUGUAAGAACUUACUUAGAAGAAGAACUUGAUAAAUCUGAAUGUAAUCCAGAACCACGAACUGAUUUAUAUAACAAAAUGAUUGCUAUCGAUGUAGCUGCUCUAACAGAAAAAGAACAUGAAGAGAAAAAGAUUCUCAAGACACGUUAUAUGAUUUGGCGAGAAAGUUUAAGCUCCAGUCAAAACUUAGGUUUUCGUAUUGAAGCUAUUCAAAAAUCUCAUGGUUCGAUGUCAAAACAAUUUCAUAGAAUUAAAGAACGUGAAGAUGUUAAACAGCAAUUAAAGGAUUUCUUUACUAAUUCAUUAUCACGCGCUAAUCAAUAUCUUGAACGUCUAUUUGAAUUACGUUCAACAUGUAUCCGUUCACGUUUUUUUCAAAGUCAUGAGUUAAUAGGUUCAUCACUUUUAUUUGUACAUGAUAAAAAUAAAGCAUCAGUAUGGAUGAUUGAUUUUGGAAAGACACGAUUUUUACCAGAUGGUAUUCAUAUAACACAUGAAAAGUCGUGGUUACGUAAUUCACAUGAAGAUGGUUAUUUAAUUGGUUUAGAUAAUAUAAUAGCACUGUUACAAGAAAUAAUUAAUGAACUGUAA